ACGGACAUUAUGAUUGUCCGAAUAAAAUUAGAUCAGGUUGAUUAUCAAUCAAACUAAAUUGUCAUAGUCUUUGAUUGUUUAGCCUCUUUUUUUUAUAAACCAAAUUAAGUUGAUUGUUGUUUUUUUCUCAAGUUUAUUUUCAAAAUAUUGACAAUGAUUAAAUCUAAUUACUUAACCAUUUUAUUAUCAACUCUCUUCAUAUUACCUUUAAUUAAUUGUAAGGUAAUCAAUGAAUUUUACAUUCGGACAUUUCCUGAGGACAUUUCGAUAACUUUUCCAGAGGGUCGAGUGAUCAGCUGUCUGGCUAAUUGUCCCGAAAAGGGUUGUAAUUGUUUCAGAAUCUCUCGAGAUGUGACCAACAUUAAUUGUGAAUACGAUGUCAGUGAUAUGAGUAAAAAUGAUAAAUUCAUUUACUACGCUGUGGAUAGAUACAAUUCAACAAUUAGUACAGGUAAUAAUUUGGCUACAAAUGCAAAGGUAACCAAAAGUUCUGGAACUGAAUCAACUGAAAAUCCAUCAACAACUCAUCCUUGGAUUCAAUUUGAUUUAACCAGAGAGUUUACAAUCACAGGAAUUAGAAUCCAAUCAAACAAAGAGUGGACAUUUAGUGAGGUCCGAGUGGGUAAACAACCAAUAAGUGAGGCUUUUAAUGCUCGGCCCUUUGAUAGCAAUUCACUUUGUUCAAAAAAAGAUGGCGGUCAACGAGGCUUUCAGGGUUACGACAUUGUCCAGUGUAAGCCUUGUCCAUUAGUUGGACGUUACCUGGUCAUUCAAAAACAAACCUCCAAAGAUGAUUAUCAACUAUCAGCUGAUUCCGUUCAAAUUUUUGGAUUUGAAACUUUAUUCACAUCAUGAUUAAGGAUUAUCAACAACAGGAUUUAAAGUUAAUCUUUAUCCUUGAGAUUAAAGUUGAGGGAAUAAAAAAAAAUACUAUCAAUCAAAUCAUCAUUUAUUUCUUGAUAAAUUGUUUAAUUUAUGUUGACACAAUUUAGUUGAUUAAAAUGAGUUUAUUUUAGAUUGUUUAAUUUUAAUCAUUUAAAUAUUUGUUACAAUUAAAGUCACAAUUAGAUACAUUA